AUGGACGUCACCACGCGAUGGAAUUCAUCAUUGGAUAUGCUGGUUCGUUACCUGGAGCAGCAGACUGCUAUAGCAGCAGCGCUCACCAGCCCAGAAAUAAGACAAAACGCCCGAAACAUUGACACACUGGAUACCUGCGACAUUGUCAAUGCCGAAUUUCUUGUGAAGCUGCUGAAUCCUUUAAAGACAGCUACCUCUGUCUUGUGUGAAGAGAAGAGGCCCACAGUGUCACUCAUCGUGCCACUGAAGAACAUGAUAGAACAAAACAUGGCACCAAAUGACAGUGAUUCCCCUACUGUGGCCGACACAAAGAGAGCAAUUCUCAGCAAUAUUUCAGGCAGAUACAGUGGGGAUGUAUACAACUACCUGCUGGAGAGCACUGCGCUGGACCCAAGAUUCCAGUCUCUACCGCAGCUAGACUGCAAUCAGCGUGAGGCAGUCUUUCAGAGGAUACAGAAAAGGGUGGAACAGUUGCAGCAAAACCAGCCCACAGAUGAGAAGAGUAUGGAGCACAAGGAAGAGGCAUCAGCUCAUUGUUCCACACAUGGGGGCGAGGGGGCUCUUGAAGCUGAAGGCAGAGCUGAGUCAGAAGAGGAACCUGCUUCCAAGAAGACAGCACUUGAGGAUCUGCUAGGGGACUCUUUCUCGAAGACAGAACAGCCCAGCAAAGGAAUUGAGAGGGAAACUGAACUUUACAGAAGAGAGGCAUCUAUCCCACUUAGUUGCUGCCCUCUGACAUGGUGGAGAGAAAACAGCUCCAAAUAUCCUUUGCUGUCUCCACUUGUCAAAGAAUAUCUUUCCAUUCCUGCGACCUCUGUUCCAAGUGAGCGUGUCUUUUCAACUGCAGGAGACAUAGUCACUGCCCAGAGGUCACAAUUGCUGCCAGAAAAUGUAGACAUGCUUAUAUUCUUAAAAAAGAACAUGACCAUAUCUUAGGCUGUUCUGUAUAGGUCAUUACCUCAUUACCUAGGUCUUAGCUCUUUUUCCAUGCUUAAGAAAAUUUUGUUCAUUGUUUUGCACUCUGAGUUUUAAGACAGCACUACUUUGAUAGUUACACUAAUUAUGGUUAAUUGCACGUA